CGGUUGGGGUCAAACGGUAGGAGGCGCUAACUCUCAGCCUGUUCACGUUUGUGACCCUCCCCCAAACCUCUAACAAGGCAUUGACACCGUCAUCAUCCAGAAUCAGUAAGCUUACUCAUGUCUUCGGUAUAGUUGCGCGUUGAAGGAACUUUGUAAUUCGAUUCCUUGCACUUGCAAAUCAACCAAAGACUGAUCCCAAAACACACUGCCGUUAUUCCUGUCCAAAAUGGUUAAGAUAUUUGUUGGCAAUGUAGCUUCAGCGACCACCGAAGACGAGCUCCGUGCUUUGUUUGAAAAGUAUGGCGCCGUAUCCGACUGUGACAUUCUGAAAAACUAUGGCUUCGUGCACAUGGAUGAGGAAGAGGCGGCGCAGAAGGCGGUCUCUGCUUUGCACAAGCAUGAGGUCAAUGGCUCCCGCAUCACCGUCGAGUACGCCACCACCAAGGUACGCAAUGCCACCAAGAUCUACGUGGGCAAUGUUCCCAAAGGUGUCACCGCUGGCAAAAUCAAGGAGCUCUUCCAGCCUUUCGGCAAGGUGGUGGAGUGCGAUAUUGUGAAGAAUUAUGCAUUCGUUCACAUGCAGAGGGAAAGCGAGGCUCUGGAGGCCAUUUCAAAGCUUAACAACUCCAAAUUGGAGGGCCAAAAGAUAUUUGUGUCCGUCUCCCGCAGUAACCCAUCCAGAAACGGCCGAGAGGAGGACUAUUUUCCUCCUCCGCCGCAUCACUAUCCACCUCACCCACACCACCAUCCUCACUUUCUCCCCCCACGCCAGCCACCCCGUGACUACUAUCCACCCCGUGGCCGACUUCCACCCCCUCCUCUUCCACCGCCGCCACCCCGCGCCUACUAUGAGCGAGAUGUGUAUGAGAGGGACCCUCGCCACGACCCGUACGCUGCCCCAUCACCGCGUUUUUACGAUCGGAAUCCAUACGACCGGUUCAUUCCGCCUCCUCCACGGCCGAUCACGCCUCCUCUGGCUGCUCGCUACUACCGUGAGCGCAGCCCUCUUGGCGGUCGCCGCUCUCUCCUGCCUCCGCCUCCCCCUCCACCCUCCUCUUCCGGCUUUAACCGGGGUUUCGCCCGCAUCAGCGCUAGCUCUGCACCCCCUCCCCCUACAGCCGCUCCUUCCUCCCACUAUCAGCGCUACUAUCUCGGCUCAGGCUUUGAUAAGGAUGAUUAUUUGGAGGACAAGUACAGCAAUGGCUUCAGCCGUAGCUACUAAGCACUGAAGUUUGUCCAUCUCCUUAUUUUAGGAGCUGGGUAAUCUAAGAGGGGCUUACCAUCAGGGAGUUAGGGGGGAAGUUUUGUAAUAUUCUGUGAUAGUUGUAGCUAUUUUAGAUAACGGGUCAAUCAGCUAAUACUGUACUCAUUUAACUAAUAAAUUUACCUCCGACCGAUGAAGGAACAGCAAAUAGGAAGUUUGAUAGCAUGUUACGAGGUUUAACUAUUUUUCUUUAAGUAAUUGCUUGUUCUUUUUUUUUUUUUUUUUUUUUUUUUAAAUCAAAUAUUACAUUUUAAGUUCAUUUUACUCUGGCAUGCACUUCAAAAAUACUAAAGAAUGCUUGGAGAUAUAUAUAUAUAUAUAUAUAUAUCCAAUUUAUUAUUUUUUUCAACAUGCGUAGUCUACCUAAUGAGAAAUUUGUCGUGUUGAAUGUUUACCUAUGUUUUCUGUUUGGUAUUUAAGAAUAUUCAAAUGUUUCGG